AUGGACGCACCCUCACUUCCUCAGAUCACGGUGGACAGGGUUGGUGUCUCAGAGGAAACAGAAUGUGGGGAAGGUGUGGAUUUGCCUGCAGAUGACCAUCUCAUGACCUUGAAGGCCUUGACAGAAAAGUUAAGACUGGAGACCAGGAGACCCUCUUACCUGGAGUGGAAAGCCCGACUGGAGACAGAAAGCUUCAGAGAGUCCGGAGCUGGAAAAGGCCCGACUCAAGUGGAGCCCGAAGGGCAAGUCAUCACACCCAAAGAGGCUGUAGUGAGCUCUGAUGUGAUUCAGUGCAAGUUGCCAUCAAGUUGCCAUUCUAUGAAAGGAUUUGGGAAUAUCGACGAGGCUAUCAGUUGGCUUAGGAGAGAACUGACUGACAUGCGCUUGCAGGACCAGCAGCUGGCGAGGCAGCUCAUGCGGCUCCGAAAUGACAUCAACAAGCUGAAGAUCGAGCAGACGUGCCACCUGCAUCGCCGGAUGCUCAAUGACGCCACCUUUGGCCUGGAGGAGCGGGACGAGCUGUCAGACCUGCUGUGUGAAUGCCCCGUGACCCCGGGCCUCGGCCUCUCUGCCCCACUAAGACUCAUCGGUGUCACAAAGAUGAACAUUAAUUCUCGCCGCUUCUCGCUCUGCUAGUGGGUACAAACAUCUUGUGAAAUACUAUCUUUGCUCCAGUGCAACUUGCCAGCCAUGGCCAUAUAUUAGAUAGUGGUGAAAUCCUUUGUGCAUUUAGGGCUUAACCACAGAGCUGUGAGGGUUGUUUUUACAGUCCUUAUAAUCAAACAGAGAGGUUUAGGUAAUGCAUAUUAUCUGGGAAGAAGAGUUUGACUGUAGUAAGUACAUAUAUAAUUUUUAUGCCACUAAACUUUACACGGCAGCUAUAUACCGCACCCUCUCUGUCUUAAAACCACAGAUUUUAGCCCUGUAGGCCAUCAUGCAGUUUUUAAACUGAAGUAAAGCAAUCUCAAGUUUAUUUAGGUCCAUUUUUAAGCCUAAUCAGUUAUAUAUAACUAAAUAUAGUUACCAGUUACUUUAUAUAUUUCCAUGUACUUUGGUUGUUUGCCAGGCCUUUCAUGUUUUCUAUCUACAAGCCAAGAUUUAUCAAGCACAGUGUUUAACUAAAUGUUUAACUAUAUUUUUACUUUUGUGUUAAUAAGCCUAUAAUCAAAUGGAACAUGCUUUCAGUGAACUUUGGCCUGGAUCUUUAUAAAAAUGUUUUGUGCUUUUAAAAAAGAUGCCUUAAUAUUGAUUCAAAUUGUAAACUACAUAACUGUUUGAUUUAUUUGAUUUACAGUGGGCACGGAAAGUAUUCAGACCCCCUUAAAUUUUUCACUUUGUUAUAU